ACACACAAACAGCGUAGCAGAGUCGACCACUCCACCCUUUAUAUACCAAACACAAGCUCACCCUGUAAACCAUACCGCCAUCGCAGCAAGCGCACCAAAGCCAAAGAGGCGGCUUUGCCUUGCCCCUGAGGCCCUGACCCCCUGCCCGUUGCCUUGGUGCCGCGCGCCAUGGCCGGCACCAAGAGCAAGUCGUCCUCCAAGGCCGGCUCGCCCCUCCUCGGCAAGUACGAGCUCGGCCGCCUCCUGGGCCGCGGCACCUUCGCCAAGGUCUACCACGCGCGCUGCCUCGCGGGGGGCGACCCCGUGGCCGUCAAGGUGCUCGACAAGCCCGAGCUGUCCGCCACGGGCAUGGCGGUGCGCGUCCUGCGCGAGGUCUCCGCCAUGCGCCGCCUCCGCCACCCCAACGUGCUCCGCCUCCACGAGGUGCUCGCCACGCGCUCCAAGGUGUACCUCGUCAUGGAGCUCGCCCCCGGCGGGGACCUCCUGUCCCGGCUGGCCUCCCUGCCGACGCGCAGGCUCCCCGAGCAAGCGGCGCGGCGGGUGUUCCUGCAGCUGGUGUCGGCGCUCAUCUACAGCCACGCGCGCGGGGUGUUCCACCGCGACGUCAAGCCGCAGAACGUGCUCAUCGACGCCGACGGCAACCUCAAGGUCUCCGACUUCGGGCUCGCCGCGCUCCCGGACUCGCUCCGCGACGACGGCCACCUGCACACGGCCUGCGGCACCCCGGCUUUCACGGCCCCCGAGGUGCUCCGCCGCAAGGCCUACGACGGCGCCAAGGCCGACGCCUGGUCCUGCGGCGUCAUCCUCUUCGUCCUCCUCGCCGGCCACCUCCCCUUCGACGACGCCAACAUCGCCGACAUGUGCCGCAAGGCGCACCGCCGCGAGUACGUCGUCCCGCGGUGGGUGUCGCAGCCGGCGCGCCGCCUCGUGUCCCGCCUGCUCGACCCGAACCCGGCGACGCGCCUCGCCGUGGCGGAGCUCGCCAGCCACCCCUGGUUCAAGCGCUCGCUCAGCGUCGACUCGCAGCUCGGCGGCCUCCUGGGCGGCCAGGCGGAGCGCGAGCUGGCGUUCCAGGCCCCGCCGGCGCUCAACGCCUUCGACAUCAUCUCCAUGUCCCCGGGGCUCGACCUGUCCGGGCUGUUCGGCGACAACCGGCGGACCCGGGAGAAGCGGUUCAUGACGACGGCGUCGCCGGAGCAGACGGUGGAGCGGCUCGGGCAGGCGGGCGCGAAGCUCGGCUACUUCAUGGUGGGGAAGAAGGGGGCGGAGCGCCUGCCGCUGGGCGGCCUGUCGGGGCUGGUGGCGAUGUCGAUGGAGAUGUUGGAGGUGUCGGCGGAGCUGAUGCUCGUGGAGCUGAGGCUGGAGGCCGGCGACGGCGACGAGGCCGAGGCGUUCGGGUGGGAGGACCUCAGGGUGGAGCUCGGCGACGUGGUCACGGCGUGGCACGUCUGCGAAGAAGCCGGUUCGGGGGGAGGCGGCGCGCUCGGGUGCAAGUGCCUGUUCGGGUUGGGGGUUCCCGAGCUUGUGGUCAUCGCCGGCGUCGCCGCGCUGGUGUUCGGGCCCAAGCAGCUCCCCGAGAUCGGCCGCAACAUCGGCAAGACCGUCAAGAGCUUCCAGCAGGCAGCUAAGGAGUUUGAGACUGAACUGAAGAAAGAGCCUGGGGAAGGUGGCGACCAGCCCCCACCUGCAACCCCCACGGCGGUAGGCGACGGGGAGGAGAAAAAGGGGCUUGAGGCAUCGUCAAGUAGCAAGGAGAGCACAUGAGGAUCUAUCAAGAUUUGUUAGGGCUCUGUAUGUACAACUGUAUUCUGGGCUUCUGGAGUUACCAGCAAAUUCCUGCCCAUUUGUUUUGAUCACCUUGCCAAGUAGCGAUAUUAUUCGUAGUUUGUACCCGGGAAGAACAAUUUUUCUGUGAAAAAUGUCAUGUUGUUCAAUA